AUGAAUAUAAAAACAAAUGACGAACAAACCGAAUAUUCAGAAAUAUUAAUUAGUAUUAAAUCAAGAGAUAGCAUACACAAAUAUGUAGAAGAAUGUUUACAUAAAUUAAAAACAGGUAAUGUAAAAAUUAUAGGACGUCAAUAUGCAAUUAUGAAGGCUUUUAGCAUACUUGAAGCACUGAAGGAAAAAAAUGAACACUUUGAUUAUAUUAUAGAAUAUAAUAAUUUAACAGCAACGACACCUGAUAGAAGAAAAAUCUUAGAAAUUCAUAUAUAUCUAAAGAAAAAAUAA